AUGCGCUCCCCGCUGGCCCGUGGCCAGGCGGUGCGUCACGACGGCGGCAGCGUGGUGAUCCUGGGGGACGUGCCGCGCGGCUGCGUGGUCGACGCGGCGGGGGAUGUGGUGGUAAUGGGGCGGCUGGAGGGCGAGGCGCGCGCGGGGGCGGCAGCGGCGAUGGUGGCGGCGCUCGCUUUUGGCCCCGAGGCGGCCGUGUGGGUCGGUGGCGCCAAAGCCGGAAAGGCCCCCACCAACGGGCCAGCCCAGCUGAUGGCGGUGCUGGAACCGGGCUCCAGCGCGCCGGCCUUCCGCCCCCUGCCCGGUGCCACGGCGGCCCCUGCUGAGGCUGAGGGCCCGGGGCGUGAGCUCCUGUCGCAGCUGGUGCCCGCGGCGGCGCUGACGCUGGGCGUAGCGCUGACGGCCGCGCCCAGCGUGGUGCUGGGGGGCCUCGUGGGCACCAGUGGUGAGAGCGUGGUGGGGGCGCUCCUGGAGACUGUGGUCUACGGCUACAUCCUGCUGCAGGGGGCGGUGCUGCUGUCAGAGGGCAGCGAGCUGCUGCUGGAGGUCCUCAACCCGGGCAUCAUCGGCGGCGUGCUGCUGCCUUGCCUGGGGGCGCUGCCUGAUGCGCUGAUCGUGCUCAACAGCGGCCUCAAGGGCAGCCGCGACAUGGCAGCAGAGCAGCUGGCAGUGGGGAUGGGCACCCUGGCGGGCUCCACCGUGCUGCUGCUGUCCCUGGCAUGGGGCUGCUCCGUGAUCCUGGGGCGCUGCGACCUGUCAGACACCACGGGACGCGCCAUGGACAAGAGGCUGACACGGGGUGUGGGGGAGUGUGGGGGCGGGGGGGGGAUCUCCCACAUAUGGGGGUCAGGGACAGGGGCAGCAGCACGACAGCAUGUCCUCUAG